UACCUGGUGACCAGAGGUGAGGAAGCGCCAUCUGCCUGUCCACAGGAGACACCUGUGGCACCUGCCCUGAGGACAUGGAAUUCCAACAGAUGGACGGCAGGGCAAGGGUGGCAGCUCAGCUGUUUGAACAGAGAAGGGGCAGCCACUGCGAGGACAAGAAGCAAACGCUGUUCACACUGCUGGUCUUGGUGCUGUACUUGGGCACGGGGAUAUCAGGAAGAAAUUGGGAGGUGUACGAAAGAAUCAGGGAAUGCAACUUCUCCCAGAAUCCUUUGGCUUCCCAGGGGUAUGGCUAUCACACCAGACAACCCUCCGAAGAGCCAAUAAAGCUCCUCAGAGACUGGCUGAAGAAGGGCCUGCAUGUUUUCUUGGAGAAGUUAGAGGAAGAAGUGCAGGAGCUGGAGCGGCUAGUGUGGGACCUGGAGUUGUGGCUAGAUGCUCUCCUGGGGGAGCCAUGCCUGGAAGAACCCUACUCCGGCCACAAAAUUCCCUUGUGAAGAUCAGUCCCUGGGAUCUGGGAGGAGAAAGGUGGGAAAUGGGAAAGAUAGGCUGAGUUCUGAUACUUCACGCUCAAGGCAAGCAAGAGAAUAAAC